UCACUACAGGUACAUGUGGCGAUUCGGCGAUGCAUAGCUGUGAGCUCUGUGGCAAGGGUUUUCGCCUGCAGCGCAUGCUCAACCGCCACCUCAAGUGCCACAGCCAGGUGAAGAGGCACCUGUGCACCUUCUGCGGGAAGGGCUUCAAUGACACCUUUGACCUGAAGCGGCACGUACGCACACACACAGGCAUCCGGCCCUACAAGUGCGAUGUGUGCAACAAGGCCUUCACACAGCGCUGCUCGCUGGAGUCGCACCUGAAGAAGAUCCACGGCGUGCACCAGCAGUAUGCCUACAAGCAGCGGCGGGACAAGCUGUACGUGUGUGAGGACUGCGGCCACACGGGGCCCUCGCAGGAGGACCUGUACCUGCAUGUGCACCACGCACACCCCGGCAGCGCCCUCCUGCAAAAGACUUCCAAGAAGCUGGCGGCGCUGCUGCAGAGCAAGCUGGUGACCACAAGCCCAGGUGAUGCCAGCCUGAGCGAGGAGGAGACCCGGAAGUGAGGGCUCUGCCCGUGGGGGCCUUGUGCCCCCAUCCC